AUGCGCAAGAAUAGAGACGCGCCUGUAGAUACGAUGGGAUGCGAAGUGUUGGCCGAGGACGCCGAACCUAAGGUGCAACGCUAUCAAACCCUCGUGGCGCUCAUGCUCUCGAGUCAAACAAAGGAUCAGCAGACAGCGGCAGCCAUUCGGCGUCUGCAGAAACAUGGGCUUACGGUCGGAAACAUAUUGGAUACGCCUGAGAACGAGCUGGAUGAGCUCAUUUCAAACGUAGGCUUUCACAGGAACAAGGCCAAAUUCAUCAAGCGCACGUCAGAAAUCCUUCGCGAGGAGUAUGAUGAUGACAUUCCGCCCGACUACGAGGGCCUUCUCAAGCUUCCUGGAGUGGGUCCAAAAAUGGCGCACUUGACUAUGCAGUGUGCCUGGCAC